AUUUUAAAGAACAGCAUCGAGGAAGAGGUGAAAGAUGGCGAAUGCGACGGGCGUUCAACCUGCUCGUUUUUCAGCUUCUUUUUCUCUAUCAGUCGGAGGCACAGAUCCGAUAUUCGAUCCCAGAGGAGUUGAAGACUGGGUCUCUUGUUGGUAACGUCGCACAGGACCUCGGUUUGGAUCUGAAAAGGCUUCGUUCUGGUCGGGCCCGUAUCGUGACCGGGGAAAACAUCCAGUACACCGAGCUGAAGGCAGACAAAGGGACUUUAGUUGUGAAUGAGAGAAUAGACCGAGAGCAGCUCUGUGGAGAUGUGACACCGUGUAGCUUCACCUUUGAGAUUUUAUUAGAAAAACCAAUGGAGUUGCACCCUGUGACAAUUGAAGUGCUGGACGUAAACGACAACGCUCCCACUUUUCAGAACACACACUUGGAAUUUGAAAUAAGCGAGUCAGCUGCGCUUGGAUCCCGUUUUGUGUUGGAGAGUGCGGACGAUGCUGAUGUUGGGCCAAACGGCCUGCAGAACUACAUUUUAACGCCGAACGACAAUUUUGUUUUAAAGCAACACGUUAAUCCGGAUGGAAGUAAAUACGCUGAAAUGGUACUUCAGAAGCCUUUAGAUCGAGAACAACAGCCACGCCUGUCGCUAAAGCUGCUGGCUGUGGAUGGUGGAAAUCCACAGAAAUCUGGUACAGUAAAUAUAAAUGUCAGGAUUCUCGAUGCCAAUGACAAUGCUCCCGUUUUUAAUCAGUCUGUCUAUAAGGCCACAGUGAUUGAAAAUGCGCCAAAAGCCACUUACGUAGUCACCGUAAACGCAAGUGACAUAGAUAGCGGUUUAAACGGACAAGUAACGUAUUCCUUCUCAAAAUCCAAAGCAGGAAUAGCUGAUUUGUUCAAUAUUGAUGAGACAACUGGAAGAAUAUAUGUGACCAAGGAAAUAGAUUUUGAAAAAGACAAAAAAAUUGAAUUCAGGGUCGAAGCUAAAGAUCAAGGAGGACUGACAGACUCGAGCAAAGUUGAAAUUGAGGUUAUCGAUGUAAAUGAUAAUGCUCCUGUUAUUAAUGUCAUGUCAUUCACUAGUCCUGUGUCAGAAGACUCCCCUGCUGGAACCACCAUUGGUAUAAUUAAUGUUAAAGAUCUUGAUUCGGGUGAAAACGGACAAGUACGGUGCGCUAUCGAAGGCGGUGUUCCUUUCAAAAUUAAAUCCAAUGUGAGGAACUAUUAUGCAUUGAUUACUGAUGCUGCAUUAGACCGUGAAAGUCUGCCAGAGUGUAACAUCACCGUUGUUGCCUCAGACGCAGGAUCGCCUCCCCUCUCAACCAAAAGGACUUUUAAUCUGAAGGUCUCAGAUGUCAAUGACAAUGCCCCCGUAUUCCCACGUAAAUUUUACAGCGCUUUGGCUGCGGAGAAUAACUCCCCAGGUAUUUCUGUAUUAAGUGUGAAUGCUAAAGACCCCGAUGAAAAUCAGAACGCUCGCGUUUCUUACAUUUUACAAGAAUGUGAAAUUGGCGGCUCUCCAGUAUCUGAAUAUGUUUCCGUUAAUGCAGAAACAGGCGUCGUUAGUGCAGUGCGUUCAUUUGACUACGAGCAGAUCAAAGAACUAGUGUUUACUGUUAAAGCGCAGGAUGGAGGCUCUCCUCCACUCAGCAGCAACGUGACAGUGAAGAUCAUGAUCCAGGACCAGAACGACAAUCCUCCUCAGGUUCUGUAUCCAGUCCAGACUGGUGGCUCUGUGGUGGCUGAAAUGGUGCCUCGUUCAGCAGAUGUGGGCUAUCUGGUGACCAAAGUGGUGGCUGUUGAUGUGGACUCUGGACAGAAUGCGUGGCUGUCAUAUAAACUGCAGAAAUCCACAGACAGGGCUCUGUUUGAAGUGGGCUCCCAGAAUGGAGAGAUCCGAACCAUCCGCCAAGUGAAUGAUAAAGAUGCAGUGAAACAGAGACUG